CUGGGGAACAGGGUUUAGUGGGGUCUGUUUAGGACUCAAUUCGACAGCAAGGUCAGAGCUAACACAACCAGCUCCUCCUCAGACGCGGCCGCUGUGGAAGAAUGCCCAGGCCACUUCCGGCGGCCUCUGCAGCUGCGUGGGACUCACCCUGAACCCUCAGAGCAAGGCAUUAUUUUCUCCUCUCUCUUGUCAGAUGCUGACUCCCACGCAGGAAAAAGGAAGCACCUUGUGUCAGAUGCUGCGGCCACUUCCUCUUCAGAAGGCUCCAGCCAACCUUUCGCUUUGCAGAAUGAGAGGGCAGCCUGCAGCGCUGGACCGCGUGGGCACGGGGCCGCUGGCGUCCCCCUCGCUUGGGGUCUUGGCCCGGCCCUGACCGGGAGCUGACCCCUGGCUGCCUCUCUGGCUCUCGGGGGAUUCUCUCUGAUACAGAUCUGCACCCCUGAACUGGACCUGGCUGUGGCCUCACCCGCCUCUCGGCCCCCCCGGGGCUUCCCCUGUCGUCUCUCCACCCACUCUGUGCUUGCUGCCCCAUGUCCCUCAGUCAGGCUGCCUGUCUGUUCCUCUCUACAGCUCGGUCAAGGAGCGUGAUGACCGGCGAGCAGAUGGCCGCCUCUCACCUGUCGUCCACUCCCAACCCGCUGGAGAGGCCCAUCAAGAUGGGCUGGCUGAAGAAGCAGAGAUCCAUUGUGAAAAACUGGCAGCAGAGGUACUUUGUGCUGAGGGCGCAGCAACUCUACUACUACAAGGAUGAAGAGGACGUGAAGCCACAGGGCUGCCUGUAUCUACCAGGAAGUACAAUCAAGGAGAUCGCCACAAACCCAGACGAAGCUGGGAAGUUUGUCUUUGAAAUCAUUCCAGCCUCAUGGGACCAGAAUCGCAUGGGACAGGACUCGUACGUCCUCAUGGCCAGCUCGCAGACGGAGAUGGAGGAGUGGGUGAAAUUCCUCAGGAGAGUUGCUGGCACACCCUCUGGAGCGGUGUUUGGCCAGCGCUUGGAUGAGACUGUGGCCUAUGAGCAGAAAUUUGGCCCUCAUCUGGUGCCCAUCCUGGUGGAGAAGUGUGCAGAGUUCAUCCUUGAACACGGCCUGAAUGAAGAGGGCAUCUUCCGACUGCCUGGGCAGGACAACCUGGUGAAGCAGCUGAGAGAUGCUUUCGAUGCCGGGGAGCGGCCCUCCUUCGACAGAGACACAGAUGUGCACACCGUGGCCUCCCUGUUGAAGCUCUACCUCCGAGACCUCCCGGAGCCAGUGGUUCCCUGGAGCCAGUAUGAAGGGUUCCUGCUCUGCGGGCAGCUCACGAAUGCAGACGAGGCAAAGGCUCAGCAGGAGUUGAUGAAGCAGCUCUCCGUCCUUCCUCGUGACAACUAUAGUCUCCUGAGCUACAUCUGCAGGUUCCUACAUGAAAUCCAGCUGAACUGUGCGGUUAACAAGAUGAGUGUGGACAACCUGGCUACCGUGAUUGGUGUGAAUCUCAUCAGGUCGAAGGUCGAAGACCCUGCUGUGAUCAUGAGAGGGACUCCUCAGAUCCAAAGAGUGAUGACUAUGAUGAUCAGAGACCAUGAAGUCCUCUUCCCCAAGUCCAAAGAUGCACCCUUGUCACCCCCUGCCCCAAAAAACGACCCCAAGAAACCUCCAGUGCCCCGAAGCUCUGUGGGCUGGGAUGCCACUGAAGACCCCCCAAUUUCUAGAACAGACAGCUUCAGUAGCGUGACAAGCGACUCAGAUGCAACCAGCCCCACUGGACAACAGCCGAGUGACGGGAAUCUGGAGGACAGCAGCAAAGGCCCCAAGGAAAAGCCAGGAGAUUGGAAGGUGGAAUCUCGAAAAAGGACGCAAACGCUCCCUAACCGGAAAUGCUUCUUGACAUCAGCUUUUCAAGGUGCCAACAGCAGCAAAAUGGAGAUCUUUAAAAAUGAGUUCUGGUCGCCUUCCUCAGAGUCAAAGGCAGGAGAAGGGCACAGGAGAGCAAUGUCUCAAGAUUUGCGCCACUUUGCUGACUCCCAGCGGACUUCCACCUACGAUAAUGUCCCUGCCUCACCAGGGUCCCCUGGGGCCGAAGCAGGUGCACUUUCUUCCCAGGCCUGUGACUCCAAGAGAGAGACUCUUCCCAGCCCAAACUCUGAAACUGGGCCUGGAAAAAAGAACUCUGAAGAAGAGGAACUUGAUUCUUUGCAGAGGAUGGUCCAGGAGCUCCGAAAAGAGAUAGAAACACAGAAGCAAAUGUAUGAGGAACAGAUUAAAAACCUCGAAAAGGAAAAUUACGACAUCUGGGCUAAGGUGGUGAGGCUCAAUGAAGAACUGGAGAAGGAAAAGAAGAAGUUUGCAGCCUUGGAGAUCAGCCUCCGCAACGUGGAGCGCUCCCGGGAGGACGUUGAGAGGAGGAACAAGGCCUUGGAAGAAGAAGUCAAGGCAUUUGUCAAAUCAAUGAAGGAACCCAAGCCUGAGGCUUGAGAGUCCCAGGAAUACUGCAGGGACAGCCCGAGAGAGGCCCAACUCUGCUGCCUUUCUCGGUGCUGCCUGACAACUGGGAAGCAAAAUUACUCUCUAAGAGGGAAAGGACAUUUUGGGGGAAAACAUCACAUUUCCCCGUAAAUGAAUCAAUGGAGUGCAGGAAGAUGGGGUGAGCACAGACAGGUGUGGACAUCUGUGACUGCAUAUUGCUGUAUUCAAAGGGAUUGCAUUAUUGCACUGUGGUCUCAGGCGGAAUGAGAUGGAACCUUCCGUGGCUGGAUGGCUAUGUCCAAUGGAGACAUUGAAGUAGGCCACAUCUCGGGACCCAGGCAACAGGCCGGCCUCAGCAGAGGCUGGGCUGAGGUGCUAGUUCUUUGUUUUCUGUAUGGAACAACUCACCUUGUCAGACAGCCUCGGGGCAUCACUGAGACACAGGGCAGAAAAGGAUUUUCAACUUAAGAGUGCUCAAGCGUGGAGUGCUCUGUUUUGAGGGGCUGCACCUGCUGAAGCCAGAACCCCAUUCUGCCGCCCCCACCACAGUGCACAUUCUCCAGGGGUUCUCAAACAUUUUUAGACUAAGACACACCAAACAAUAAACUGUAUUUAUAAAAAGAAAAUUGAUAGAAAAUUAUAUUCAAAUAAAGCAAAAAAAAAAAAUCCAAGGCUAUUGCUAAUCCACACAGCACCUUUGUGAGAAUUAGUAAAAGACACCCCUUCCUUGGGGCAGAUGCAUCCAUCUCUGGGCACAUGGCUUAGUGAGCAGCGUACAGGCUGGAUUCCAGUCCCCGACUUGCCUUUCAGUGGCCACAGCUGUGUGUGGUGGGGCUGGGAACAAAGGCUUCCUACUAUGCUAUGACCUCCUCAGAGACUAGUCGUGGGUGUAGAUAGUAGUAGUCAUGAUCACAGCAUUUGUUUUUCUGUUUAACCAUAAUGUAAGUGAUUUCACCCUUUAAAGGGACAUCAGGCACUAGACGACAGCUGGGAGAAGGGCCUUCCUAGAGGAUGGCUGACUAUUCCUCCUCAAAGUCUACUGGGAGAGGCCCCUGGUCAGGCCCCAAGCCCCUAGGUGGGCUGGUUGGCUCUUUCAUGGUUUUUGUUUGUUUGUUUGCUUUUACCAUUCUAAUUAGGUGGUCUCUAAGCUCUCUUGACUGUGUACCUCAUCAGUAGGAAAUGUUUGUGCAUACACCCCCCCCAAUAUAAGUAUAUUUAUUUAUUUAUAAAUUAUAUACAGGUACUACUAUAUUA